AUGUUUCAAGUUUUGACACAGCAGGCAAAACGAUUAAGUAUCGUGCUACUGGUAUUCUCCAUUUUGCUUGUUGUAUCCGAUGCAUUUUGCCUCGCUGUUGAAGUGAAAUGGCAAAACGGACUCGAUUUGAUCCCCUCAUUCGGAAUCGGAAUCGUCGUUGGAAUCUUCGCCAUUGCUGCUGGAAGUAUAGGAAUCGUUGCUUCGAAACUUCACACUCCACCUCCAUUCUUCAAUAGAUUCAGAGCUGCUGGAUGUCUCGGCAAUUUUUCUGGAUCUCUUUCGAUCAUCGGUUUCUUGUGGAUCUUACCAUCCCUGGCUUGGCAUGUCUACCAAGUUUCCAUGUACCCUUCCUACUGGGAGGCCGUCUUAGGAAAAGCGAUUUUGAUCUCUUUCUUCACAUUUCAUGGGAUUCAAUUCUUGAGUAUCAUGGUCGUCAUGUUCGUCUCUUUCUUCUUGGCCAAUUUUCACGGCUCAUCCUGCUGUUGUCGCGAUCCAUUGAACCUAACGACCGUGGCGCCUCUGUCAGAUCAAUUCCUCGGCGAAAAUGUGCUUCAAACUGAACCAGUUCCUCCUACUCAACCUUCAGUCAACACUGUAGCUCAGCAGCAACCCCAGCCCUUGACGCCCUUCCCUGCUCCUUCUCUUUACCAAUCUUACGAACAAGACAAAGCGAUCGAGAAUCCAGACGUUUUCAUCUUUCCGGCGCCAGGAGACAUGGAAAUUUCUCAAUCUCAAGCUACUGGAACCCCCGAUAAGGAUAAUAAAUCUGAGGCCGUCCGAGCAACGCAAAUAUUGAGCGCAGUUGAGGAAGAAGAUGCAAAAGACGAAGCAGAAUUUCAACUUUAG